AUGCAUUUGGUUUGAGUCGUGAAUCUCUGUCUUCACCUCAGUUUUAAUUUAACUACUUGAGAAAAAGAAAAUUCACAAAGUUUGUGCUCUUGUGACAAAUGAACUUUAAAUUGAGUGCUUUUUUUCUUGCUGCUAACAGUUAACUAUUCUCUUGAGUUCUUUGCUAAUAAACGGUGGUUCAGAAGAAAAUAUUUCAGAAACAAGAAGAGAAAGACAGAAGAGGAAGACAAACUGAAGUAGACUGUGACUUCAUGGGUGUUCUCUAAAUAACCAUCCCUGGGGACCUUCUGGUUGGGUGUGUUCAGAUCUGCUUCGUUAAACUUUGGUGGGAAGAUAGAGGAAUGUUUGUUGGGUGGCAAUUAACAUGUAAGUGUGAAAUCAAGCUGAUAUCGAAGAAGAGUGCGCACAGAGUGGGUGGGUCCACGUGAUGCUUAAAGAAUGGAGAAGUCUAUAAAGAACAUGCACACAAUCUCUAAAGCGUUAGACUGGUGCUGGGAGCUCCGUGGAUGCUAACAUUUGCAUAUAGAAUGCUGAUAGCAUGGAUUAGAAUACUGAGUCUGCAGAAUCCCUGGGAAUUUAGAGUGGUGUUAAAAUAGAGUGGUCUAUAGAGUAGGGUAGUCUAUAGAGUGCUGAUUGAGUGGAGUGGUCUAUAGAGUAGGGUAGGCUAUAGAGUGCUGAUUGAGUGUAGUGGUCUAUAGAGUAGGGUAGGCUAUAGAGUGCUGAUUGAGUGGAGUGGUCUAUAGAGUAGGGUAGUCUAUAGAGUGCUGAUUGAGUGGAGUGGUCUAUAGAGUAGGGUAGGCUAUAGAGUGCUGAUUGAGUGGAGAGGUCUAUAGAGUGCUGAUAAUGUUGAGUAGUCUAUAGAGCACUGAGAUUUGAUUAGUGUUGGUAGAGCUGAGUAGUCUUUAGAGUGCUGAUAGAGUUGGAAAGUCUAUAGAGUGCUGAUAGUGUGAACUGGAAGAUUGAGUACACAGAAUUCCUGAUUUACUUUGAUGAUAGAAUAGGGUGGUCUAAAGGGUGCUGAUUAAGUGGAGUAUUCUUUAAAGUGCUAAUAGAGUUGAGUAGCCUUUAGAGUGCUGAAAGAUUUGAGUAGUUCAUAGAGUGCUAAGAAUUGAUUAGUUUAUCAAGUGUUGGUAGAGUCAAAUAGUCUUUAGAGUGCUGAUAGAGUUGAAUGGUCUAUAGAAUGCUGAGAGAGUAGACUUGAAUAUUGAGUAUGCCGAAUCCCUGAUCCUGUGGGACUACAAAGCGCUGGUAGAAUAGAGUGGCCUAUAGAAUAAGGUGGUCUAUAGAAUGCUGAUAGAGUUGAGUAGCCAUUAGAGUGCUAAGACUUGAAUUGUUUUGAGACUGUCAGUUGGGUAGUCUAUAGAAUGUUGAUAGAUUAGAGUGGUGUAAAGAGUGCUGAUAGAAUUGAGUAGUCCAUAGAGUGUUGAUCAUUUGGAAGGGCAUAGAGAAUUUUGCUACAGUGGACAGGACUUUAGCUCUGCUAGUUUGGAAAGGUUUGCAGAAUGCUUACAUAAUAGACAGUUCUAUAGAGUACCUAGGCUGUGGACAGCUUGGUCCAGUGCUGGCAGUGUGAACUGGAAUAUUUUGUGGCCACAUGUAGAGUACCAAAGUGUAAAUGGAUCUUAUAGGCAUACAGUGCUAAGUAUAGCAUGUAGAGGUUUGUAGAGCAAUAAUACAUUCUCACUUUUGUAAAAGUAUAUAUGGUGUCAGUAAUUCAAUCAAGUCAGUUGCAUGGUUAUAGGAAUAGAUUAUGAACAGGACUGUAGAUCUCUAAUAAUAGAUAGCUGUACUUCUGAAAAUGCACAUAGUGUGUUAAUAGUGUGCUAAAUUAGUGCUGGUAGUGUGUUAAGAACACCCUUUACAGAAUGCAGAACGUUUACUCAAUAAGACAACAGAAAAAAGCAUGCGGCAUAGUGGAUGACGAUGAGGAUGAUUAUGAGAAUGUGAGCGACAUUACCAGACCAGUACCUGUGCCAAAACGAGAGAAGAAGAUCGGCAACACAUGCAUGAUGGAAGAUCUGCAACUAAAAUCAUGCAGCAUAGUCGAUGAUGAUGACGAUGAUUAUGAGAAUGCAAGUGACCUUAGCAGGACGCCAGCUGUACCAGCCCGUGAGAAGAAGAUCGAUACCACUGGCAAAAUGGAAGACCUUCACCUAAAAAGCUUACCUAAACCUGUGAACUUUAGCUGUAACCAGGAUCAUCUUAAUGUGGCAUCAGGCACAAGUGCAGGACUGUCAUUUCAGCCACCAUUUCAGCCACCUCGUAUAGGGCUUGAUUUCUCAUCUUCAGCUGUAAAUUCAGCAUUUAAGGACUUGCCAGAUGUACCAAUCAGUAAAAGGAAUCAAGGACCAGGAUGGAUGAAAUUAGUCUUGGUGAUGUGCCUCAUUCUCAUAUUCUUGAUGGUCAUACUUAUAACCAGCAUUAUGUUAAUCUAUUAUCCCAGUAUCUCCAAUCAACUGUCAGACAUUAAACAGAAUGUGUCUGAAAUUGAGGUGACAGCCAGGAUAGAAAUGGAUAUCGGAGCUGAAAACCUGAGACGAGUGAAUGAAACAUUUGGAAACAAAAUAAACAGCCUUGAAAAGGAAAUCCUGUCCAUUAAAAGAUUUGUGGGUCUCUGCACCUCCUGUCCACCAGACUGGAACAUCUUGGGCUCCACUUGUUAUUAUUUCUCCAAAUCCCACAAGAAAUGGGAGGAGUCAAGAAAAGAUUGCAUCAAGCGUGGCUCUACUCUUCUUAUCUUGAAAAGCAAGAAAGAACUGGAUGUGUUGCUGCCAGCAACCGGUAAUAAGAGGUUCUGGAUUGGGCUAAGAAAAGUUUCCGGGGCUUGGAAAUGGGUGGAUGAAACUGUCCCAACAUUUACAAACUGGAAUCCUGGUGAACCAAACAACUAUGAAUCUCGAGAGCACUAUACAGAGAUGAUAGCAGGGAAAUGGAAUGACUUGGACAGCCAAAACACCAUAGACUACAUUUGUGAGAGACUGGCAGACUGCUGAGAUACUACUACUAUAUGCUCAUCUGUUACUCCUUCCUCUGAGUUCAUUCUCCCAACCAUAGGACUCUCAUCAGUUACUCUAGCUAUUAAAGUUCAAACUUUCAGUUCAAAGUGGAAAUAAAGUCGGCAGAUACUCAUCUCCACCUUCCAGCGAUGCGACCCUUAGAUCCCUUGCCAGCCGCCCACAUAGUUUCCCCAGUCCUUUUCUGGCACUUCAGCCUCCUGAUUGUCUGGGAGAGGAUGAUGUGACUCCAGGAUAUGCACAUGGGAGUCAUGCUUUCUGGCACCCCUGCAGUGUGUCGGAAAUGUUCACUGAGCUGCACAUGCACAGCUCAGUUUUCUUUCAGUAGAGGAUUGUGAGCAGAGGUAAGUUUGUCUUAUUGCAGAAGAGACACUGCAUAUCUCUUUUGCGAUAUAGAGUUGCCUGCCGCAGUGCUGCUACAUUUUUUUAUUUUAGAUUUUAGUUCCACGUUUAAUCAGAUAAAUGCAUUCCAGGUGCAUCAACACUAUAAGGUUCAAAUCUUACAGGGCCAGAUUCAAAUAGAAUUGCCUAUCUUUAGGCGGG